AUGAAAAGGGACAAGAAAGACGAGGAAUCCAGUGGCAAUCCAUUCGCUCACCUCGAUAAAACAUCGGUUCUGCAAGAAGCUCGUGCUUUCAACGAAACUCCGAUCAACGCUAGAAAAUGCAGUAUCAUUCUCACAAAACUCUUGUACCUGAUUCAGCAGGGUGAAACCAUUGGACGCACUGAGGCAACAGAGGCAUUUUUCGCUGUGACCAAGCUGUGGCAGAGUAAAGAUGCCAACUUGCGACGUCUUGUCUAUUUGGCUGUGAAAGAUCUCUCUGGCAUAGCUGAUGAUGUCAUCAUUGUCACGAGUAGUCUCACAAAAGACAUGACCGGACGUGAAGAUGUGUACCGUGCGGCAGCUAUCAGAGCACUGUGUAGAAUCACCGACACAGGAAUGUUGCAGACAAUCGAGCGGUAUAUGAAACAGGCAAUCGUCGACAAAAAUGGCGCUGUGUCAUCGGCAGCCCUUGUUUCGUCGAAACAUUUGAUGAAAAAGAGCGCUGAGGUUGUCCGUCGCUGGGCAAAUGAAGUGCAGGAGGCUGUGUCCUCGGAUAACCAAAUGGUGCAGUACCACGCCCUUGGUCUGCUGUAUCACAUUCGAAGCAACGACAGGCUAGCUGUGAACAAAUUGGUUCAGAAGUUCAGCAAAACUGGCUUGAGAUCUCCUCAUGCAGUCUGUUAUCUUAUUCGUAUUGCGGCAAAACUUGUCGAGGAGGACGAUCAGGCAGACUCCUCAAUUUUCUCUUUCAUCGAAGCAUGCCUACGUCAUAAGAGCGAAAUGGUUGUGUACGAGGCAGCGAGUGCGAUUGUUGCUCUACCAAACACUACUCCUGCUGAACUCGCUCCGGCUAUCUCCGUCCUGCAACUUUUCUGCUCUUCUCCAAAAGCAGCAUUGCGGUUUGCAGCUGUUCGUACCCUCAACAAGGUCUCUAUGAAACAUCCAAACGCUGUGAUGAGUUGUAAUGUUGAUCUCGAAAAGCUGAUUACUGAUUCAAACAGGUCGAUUGCUACACUUGCCAUCACCACACUGCUGAAGACCGGUGCAGAAAGCAGCGUAGAGCGUUUAAUGAAGCAAAUCAGCUCGUUCGUGUCGGAGAUCAGCGAUGAGUUCAAGAUCGUAGUUGUGGAUGCCAUUCGUUCUUUGUGUAGUCGAUAUCCGCGAAAGCAUGCAGUCAUGAUGCCGUUUUUGGCCAAUAUGCUAAGGAAUGAUGGAGGCUUCGAGUACAAGAAGGCGAUCGUAGAGACAAUCAUAGCUAUAGUUGAAGAAAAUCCCGAUGCGAAAACUGCAGGUCUUGCUCAUCUAUGCGAGUUCAUCGAGGACUGUGAGCAUGAUAGCUUGGCUACACGAGUGCUACAUCUACUAGGUAGAGAGGCACCAAAAACGCCUAAUCCAUCGAGCUACAUAAGAUUUAUCUAUAAUCGUGUUAUUUUAGAAAGUACAAAGGUUCGCGCCGCUGCCGUAACAGCUCUUGCGAAAUUUGGUGCUCAGUGCGCUGAACUACGACCAUCCAUUCAAGUGCUGCUGAAAAGGUGCCUACUUGAUAGCGAUGAUGAGGUCCGCGAUCGGGCUACCUUCUAUCUAGCAUUACUAGCCGAGGCUGCAGCCCCAGUGCUCAACAGCUUCGUUCUGGAUAGCCUCCAGGUUCUUCCGUCGGCAUUGGAGCGUUGCCUAUUCGAAUACGUUCGUGGAGAUUCGUUCAACACUCCGUUCGAUCUUCGUGUAGUACCAGUUACUAGCCAACCACUUUCGCAACCCGAGAAGCGCGCUCCCGUCCUUGCUGAUGUUCCAGUAGAGAAGCCUGCUGUCGUGAAGAAAGAACCUUAUGCAGAACAGCUGGCUCAAAUUCCCGAAUUUGCCACUCUUGGCCCACUCUUCCAUUCCUCACCACGUGUUGCUCUCACUGACGACGUGACGGAGUACACCGUCCACGCUAUCAAGCACAUCUUCACUAAUCAUGUUGUGAUGCAGUUCGAAUGCAAAAACACACUCAACGAUCAGCUGCUUGAGAAUGUAACGGUUGAGUUGGAAGACGGUGAAGGAGAUUGGUCUACAGAACAUGUAAUUCCGAUAGACAAUUUGCCUUAUAAUGAAACCAAAUCUACUUACGUGCUCAUGGAAUUCCCGGAAUCAGGCUCGGUAACUGGAAAUUUUGCUGCAACUCUGAAGUUCAACGUGAAAGAUGUCGACCCAACAACAGGAGAAGCAGAGUCGGAGGACACUUACGAGGAUAGUUAUGCGCUUGAAGAAGUCGAAUUGGCUGUGGGCGAUUUGGUAGCACCGAUCGUUAAGCAGAAUUUCAUGGCAUCGUGGGAAGCACUCGAAGGAGCUGCAACUGUUGACGAAACUUUCCAACUGACUACAGUUAACACAUUGUCAGAGGCAAUUAAGAAGGUAGCGGAACUUCUCGGAAUGGCGCCAUGUGAACGUAGCGAUCGCGUGCCUGAAGGCAAAACUCAACACUCCACGAUGCUAGCAGGAGUUUUCCGUGGAGGAUUUGAGGUGCUUGCCCGGUUGAAUGUGGCGAUGGAUCCAGCAGAUAAGUCAAUCAACAUGAACAUUCUUGUGCGGUAA